CUUUAAUGUUAUCAAAGAAGAAGCGGAAGCUCUUCUGUCUGAGGAACAAAGACAAGCCAUGCCACGGAACGCUAUAACACUUGGGAUGAUGGCGCGAUUUGUGAAGUCAGCUUUUGGCCCUGUCAGUGACAAAGUCAUUGAGAAAGUUAUGGAGUACUACAAUAACAAUUAUGAGAUCAAUCCACUGGCCGAUUUUGCUGCAGAUGCAAUUUUUCACAUUCCGAUUUUGGAUUGGGCGAACGCAGCCACUCGAGGAUUUUCUAUCGAGAAGAGCAAGGCAGGUUAAUUUUUUACUUGUUGUAUAUGUAAAUGUCCUAUUGUGAAGACAAGGUUGGUCAUUUGUUGAAAUAAGUAGAUUUUCUCCUGAGAAGACAUGUGGUCUUUUUUUUUUUUGGUUGAAAUAAAUGUAUUUUCUAUUUAGAAGAGCCAGUAUGUUCGUUUGUUGAGAUACUCCGCAACAUCAUGGAGACGUAGAACUUUCAUUGUUCUCUACUUGAUGCGUAUGCGAGUCCCUCGUGAUUUUUUAAAUUUCUUUUUUAAAGUGUUUGUAAAAAUCCAUGACUCUGUUCUCACUCAAGAACUCAACAGUUACCGCACAAUGACACGCCGAAUGCCUUGCUACAGACUUAUUUCAUGGAAUAACGUGAAACUCAAACAAUCAAACACGCAUUUUCAGGACUGAAAAAAAAAUAUGUACGAUGAAUGAAAAAAAAUAUGCAUUUAUUUGGAUCACUAAGAAUAUCUAAUAUUAUCUCAUCUGAUCUUAAAAUACACCGGUUUCUGAGACACCUUUAGUUUUUUUUUUUUCUACCGCCUCUUAUUUCAACAUAUGUUGUCAGAUUUAUUCAACGUGUUUCUACAAUAGGCCUUCACUGUUCAUAGUUUUAAAUUUAUGUUUCUGAUAUUCAGUGGGAGAGUUAUAGAUAAUUUGGGGUCAGUACUAGUUGAUCACUCCUUAAAAAAAAUCAACAUUUAAAAGAAGUAAUGUAUCUCACACAUUGUAAAGAAUUUUAAUCUAAUAAAUUUUAGAGAUCUCAGCGCGUGUGUUAAUAAUUUGGGGUAAAAUUAUACAUUUAAAAAAAAAACACUAUAUACAACAGGUGCACAUGCUCCGCUUUGUUCACUGGCCAAUGUUUAUGGCAGGACCUUACAAGGGAAUGGUUCAUGCCACUGACCUCUUGUAUCUGUUUGACCUUGAACUUGAGAACAUCAACAAAAUCAUCAAUCUUCAAGUGAGCAUUUUUUGUAUCAUCAUUUCUUCUAUUUAAGUUGAUCGCUUAACAACCUUAAAUUUCUAAAAUAUGUUGUAAUUUUUUUUUUUUAAGUUCUUUUCUUAAUCCCAAAGACUAUAGGUCACUAAUAUCAUAUUAAAAUAUUUGACUCAUUUCAUUAGUACUCCAUUUAAACUAAUGUCCGGCAACUUGUUUUACUCUCCCUUGCAAUUAUGCCAAGGUCAACGGAAGUCUUUGGAGUGAAGAGGACGACUAUUUGAAACAAAGAUACAUUUCAAUAGCAGCAGACUUUAUCAAAACUGGGUCAGUAUUAGUAACAGUUAUAACUGAGUCGGUCUAGUAACAUUGAUAACUGGGUCAGUAUUAGUAUAUUUAUAACUGGGUCAAUAUUAGAAACAUUAAUAACUGGGUCAAUCUUAGUAACAUUUAUAACUGGGUGAGUAUUAUAACAUUGAUAAGGGGAGAGCAUUAUUAACAUUAAAUACUACCAGACUUUUACGAUUGUCUUUGAAUCAGUACAACAUUAAUCCAGUAUUUUAAUUUCUUAUGAUUGUUAUAGCAUUAACAACUUUAAAUAAUUCUAAGUCUUAGUCGUGAUUGCUAUAAAUUCUUAAGUCAAUUUAUUUUUUUAAAAGUUAUUUUGGUCUACAUGAUUUCUUGAAUUAUUUUUAUAAUUUUAGGUGGCUCCCAUCACUAUCUUCCAUCAUCUCAUCUCUUGUUUAUUAUUUAGUUCUUACGUAUUUCUGCUCAAAAUUAUAACGCUGUAUUUAAAAAAAAAAUAUAAUAAUAAUAAAGUUCAUUUCAAAAACACGCAGUAUGUACCAAAUGUAAAAGGACUGAAACUCAGGCAUUUUGAACGUGUAAGUCGGCUCGUCUACAGUUAUCAGUGUUAACUUUAAGUCUUAAUGAAGAUAUGUUCUGCUGUUGUAAGUGACAAUGGUUCUCUCCACAGAGAAAAAAAAAACAUUCAUAGUUCAUGACUAUUUUUGCUCAUAAAUUGUCAUGAACGGGGACCGAGUUAUAAAAGGUUGGCAGGACAGUGCCAAAACAGCUUCAAAGAAAUGGCACCAACGAACACAUUUCUUCCAACUGGAAGUGUAUUGGGAAGGGGGAAGUCUGUUUGACCAUAACUUUUUUAAUUUAGAAUCACGCAAAUGCGCCCCAGCAGAUGCUUCAUUCGCCCUCUAUAAUCUGAGGCGACAUUCUUGAAACUAAACAUAAACGAAAUCCUCGUCCGCCGAUUGUUUAUGGAUAGGGGAGCAUUUUCGUACCGGAUACAGGUUGGACAAACCUUAACGGAACAGGAUAUAUACCUGCCACAAUAGUGUAGUAUCGAACAUUUUUGCCCACUGUGUAUGAGGAUUCAAGGUUUUAGGAAUGUGUAUACGCUACGAAAAAAAAAAAAAGUCUAAAACACUUAAUGGUCUAACAGACCUCUCCUUCCGUUGACAGAGUACCUUUCAAAGAUGGCUAAAUUUCGGAGCAAUAUACUGCAUAACUGUGUUACUAGGUACCCUCGUUGUAAAACUCUAUUCAGGUUUGUUCUUCCGCCAUUUUUCAUACUGCGUUCUCAUUAACGACUACUCUACAGUACGAGGAAAAGUAAGUGUGAACUAGGAAUAAUCUUACCUCUGCUGCCCAACAUAUUGUCUUCAUUUUGAUUUCUGGGAACACAUGGCGCCUGGGACUAUGCACAGUUGAUAACUUCAUAGAUGUGUUUAAGAUGCGCAAUUUUUAGUACUGUCGAGUUUGGCACUUACUCAGUUAAAUAUAAAGAUAAAUACAUACAUUUUUAUUGGUUGAUUCAGCAACCCGGGUGCAUCUCUUGGCUCUGAACUUCCUGUUGGAUGGCCAGCCUAUGACGAACUUGAGGGUCACUACCUACAGUUUGGUCUCAGAUUAGAGGUCAAGACCCAGUUCAAACCGGAACGGGUUC